AUGAAGUUCCUCUUUGCGCUCAGCGCAACCGCCUCGGUAGCCCUUGCGGCUGUCAUUCCCCAACAGGAACCGCUUGCUCAGACAAUCCCCUCAAUUGUGCAGAAUACUCAGACCACCCGGUGGCUGAUCGAACUGAGCCCGUACCAAACUCGCUGGGUCACCGAAGAAGAGAAGUGGGCUUUGAAAUUGGACGGCGUCAACUUUAUCGAUGUCACAGACGAGUACAAGGCCGGUGAAUAUGGAACUCUCCACACCAAGCGCGUCGUCCAUUAUCCAGGACAGAUGAAGCAUGAAGAGGAGAUCACUCCGUUGGCCACCGACUUGUCCAAAUCCAACAUGCGAGAGAACCUGGAGCACUUCACCUCCUUCCACACCCGGUAUUACAAAUCACAGUACGGCAUCGAGUCUGCCGAAUGGCUCUACGGCCAAGUCUCCGACGUGGUCCACGAGUCUGGCGCCAGCAAGUACGGCGCAACCGUCGAACGCUUCGACCACGCCUGGGGCCAGUUCAGCAUCAUUGCGCGCAUUCCGGGCCAAACCAACAACACCGUCGUUCUGGGUGCUCACCAGGACAGCAUCAACCUUUUCCUUCCCUCUCUUCUGGCUGCGCCUGGCGCGGACGAUGAUGGAAGUGGAACAGUCACUAUUCUCGAGACUCUCCGGGCCCUGCUGCGGUCGGAGACUAUCUCCCAGGGUCAGGCAGAGAACACGAUCGAGUUCCACUGGUACUCUGCGGAAGAAGGUGGUCUACUCGGCUCCCAGGCUGUUUACUCCCGGUAUAAGAAGGACCAGCGUAAUGUCAAGGCUAUGCUGCAGCAAGACAUGACCGGCUACGUGCAGGGUACCCUGGAUGCUGGACUCGAGGAGUCGGUCGGCGUUAUCAUCGAUUAUGUUGACCAGGGACUGACCAACUUCAUCAAGAAUGUCAUUACCACCUACUGCGAUGUCCCCUACGUCGAGACCAAGUGCGGGUACGCCUGCUCCGACCACGCCUCCGCCAGCCGAUUCGGCUACCCCUCGGCUUUCGUCAUCGAAUCUCAGUUCGAGAACUCGGAUAAGAAGAUCCACACCACCGAGGACAAGAUACAAUAUCUGAGCUUCGACCACAUGCUGCAGCACGCGAAAAUGAGCUUAGCAUUUGCAUACGAACUGGCGUUUGCGCCCUUCUGA